AUGAUUAAUUUCAAGACCAAAUUUCUUUUUUUCUCAUUCAUGUUUCUACUAAACCUCGCUCUUGUGAGAAGUCGUACUUUUGUUACUCCAAGAUUUCAAGUUCACAUUAUCGAUGCCCUCCCUCCUAAUUCUAAAUUGAUUCUUCAUUGUCAAUCUAAAGACGACGAUCUAGGAUACAAAGUUCUCUAUCCAAACGAGGAGUUCAGUUUUAGCUUUAAUGAGAAACUUUUCGGAGGUACUCUUUACUUUUGUCAUUUCUGGUGGAAUGGUAAAAAUAUACCAUUUGAUGUAUUCAAUAGCAAAAUAGCUGGACAAUGUGGAGUAAUUGAUCCUGACACUCUCGAAUGCUACUGGAAGGUGCAAGCAGAUGGCUUCUACUUUGGUGCCCGAAGAAAUCCCCCACCUAAUUAUGAGAAGAAACAUGAUUGGAAUAGCUAUAUAUGGCCCAUACGGCCCACGGAAGGUCCAUCCCGGAAUAUAUACAUCACUGAC